UAAGGAACAGGCCCGUGCCACAUGGGGCACACCCUGCAGAGCUGGCCAGACCUGCCUGGAAUGCGGUCUCAGGUGGGGUGGGAGGGGACGCGUACGCUAGUCUCGUUUCAGACACACUGCAUGAGAGGACAAACCGUGGGAGCCAUUCGUCCAAGCGAGACCUCCAGAUGGCGCACGCUGCUGGUUCCCCCGCAGCUGCCAGCCGGCGACGCUGGUGGCAUUUGAGACAGCGAUGGAGGAUGGUCGGCGUGUUUGAGGUCAACCAGGAGCACGAGUUCUACCAUCUGACGUGCAUGAUGAAAGAAGGCAUGCGUGCUGCCAUCCAGGCCACUACGGAGACGUCCGGCCAGGAUACACCUGCGGCCGAGGAGUUCAAGGUGAAGCAAAGUCACGAGGGGUUUGAGAUGCUGACAUUCGCAGCAUCGGCGUUUGCUAAAGUGAGGCGUUCAGUGGACGUCACCGGUGAGGAGUACGUGAGCUCCUUCUGCUCAGAGGACUGCUACCUGCAGUUUGUCAGUAACUCCAAGAGCAAGGCUGAUUUCUUCAUCACGAAUGACAAGAGAUUCUUCCUAAAGACCCAGAGCAAACGCGAGGUGAGGUUCCUCCUGUCCAACCUGCAGGCGUACAUGGACCACCUGGAGAAAUACCCCCACUCCCUGCUGGUGCGGUUUCUCGGUGUCCACAGGAUUGUUAUUCCCAAUCAAAUGAAGAAGUACUUCAUUGUGAUGCAGAGCGUGUUUUACCCUGACGACAGGAUCGACAUCAGAUACGACAUCAAGGGCUGCGAGGUGGGGAGAUGGACCGACCCCGACGAGGGCGGAAAACAGACCCUGAAAGUGCUGAAGGACAACAACUUCAAAGGACAGUCCAUAGCAUUAGGUCAAGAAGAAUCCUGGUUUGCCGGCCAAGUGAAAGCGGACGCUGCUUUCCUUCAGGGGAUCCGCGUGCUGGACUACAGCCUCCUGCUGGCCCUUCAGCCGCUGCACGCCGAUGAGCUGGAAGGGAAGCACUCUUUUGCAAACCUUGUUGUUCGCACCACAAAGUCUAUGGACUUGGAUGACAGUCCCGCCGGUUCACACCCCCCCAGCCCUCCGGCAGCGGCAGAGACCAUGGCGGCAUCAGAGGAGCCUCUCCAGGAGACACACGACUCCGAGCUGCAGGAAUUCCUUGAGCACCACCGCAGGCUGCUGCCCGACUGCAAGAACGCAAUCCACAUGGUGGACGGGCCAGACCACCGCUACUUUGUGGGCAUUAUAGACAUCUUCACUGUGUACGGCUGGAAGAAGAGACUGGAGCAUGCGUGGAAAUGUGUCCGCUACCCAGGCAGGGCCUUUUCCACCGUCCGGCCCGCCAAAUAUUCCCACAGAUUCUGCCAGUGGAUUCAGGACCACUGCCAGUGACACAGAGAUGAAACCAUCGGCACGCAUGUGUCGCCGCCGCGCUUCGGGGGCUCCACCAGGACGCCAUCACCGGCAUCUGUGCACAGGGAUGUCUGUGUAAUAAAGAGAAAAGAAUUGAAACCUUGCAGUGAUAUUGUCAGAUUUUGGAGAGGAGUGUUGAUUUAUACUUUGGUUUUGUACAUUGGGAAAUAAAACAACUUUAAAUACCUUGAAAA